UUCACCCUCCCGCUCCAUUCUCUCCGCCCACGUGCCGUAGAAAGCCAUUCCCGCUCUCCCAACCUCUGCCGCAGCCUGGGAAGUCGCUUCCGCUUCCGGAUCUCCUGCGGACUGUUGUUUGUGUGGGCAAGGGAGAGUGGGGGCUGCUGGUGGUGGUUCAUUUAUCUCCUCGUCCGUUUGGGCUUCGCGGGCGACGGAGCUCCUUACGCGGAGCUCGCCUGGAUCCUUUCCGUCCCGAGGGCAAAAACCGAGAGGAAGAGGGCCUUUUCAAUGGUUUUUCCAUCCCAGCAGAAAACAUGACAGACGGGUGGGUGGAUUGUCCCUCCUUGGGCCCUGGCUGGAAGCGUCGUGAAGUCUUGCGCAAAAGUGGAACAAGGAGCGGCCAUUCAGACACUUAUUAUAUAAGCCCGAGAGGAGAGAAGAUCCGCAGCAGAGUGGAGCUGUUGAGAUUGCUGGGAUGCUCACGGGAUCUGACUGAUUUUGAUUACAAGAGAGGAAUUUUUGUUGAACCAAACACAGAGGCCCUGCCCUCAGCACCCUUCUCACCUACUGAAGACAGUCCUCAGAGGAUCAAAAAGAGCAGCAAAAAGCACCUACUGCAUCUGGGAGCAACCACCUUACCAUGCAAGAAACCACCUUAUUUGCAGGUGUUUCUAGAGCCUCAGCCUUCUCCGGAACACAGGCUUCUGGACCAGAAACCUUCAGAGCUGGAAUUAGAGUUUCUGGGAGAGAACCAAGCCAAUAUGCAGAGUCAACACUCAGAGCUUCCUGUUACUCUGGAUCAACUGGCACCAAAGCUGCGCAAACAACGUUGUCGGCAGCAUCUUCCACCCAUUCCUUCUCCAGAUAAAGUAGAAGAUGUGACAUUGCAGGAGAGCAAUCCAAAGGAAGCUAUGGCGUGCUGUGCCAGCUGUCAGGGACAGUUCCCAGAAAUAAUGCUACCAUCUCAGAGACGUUGUCGGUGGCUCUGCCCAGACUGCAGAGCUCAGAGAAGAGCUUUUAACAGGGAGCAAAGAUAUUACAAGCAAAUUGGCUGUGGUGUGUGCCAGGCCUGCCAGAUGUCUCAGGACUGCGGCAUCUGCAGUGUAUGUGUUCUGCGAGCCCAAAGCCCCAAGUUCCACAUUGACAUCAAAUGCUUGCUACGCCGAUGCUUGAAGAUUGUCAAAAAGGGCCUUGAUUGUGGCAUAUGUCAGGCCUGCAAGAUAACUGAGGACUGUGGGACCUGUGCAAUCUGUUUGCGGAGGCAAAGACCUGGCAUGAAACGUCAGUGGAAAUGUCUCAAGCGCCGUUGUCUCAAACGCAAGAAAAAAGUCUCAUCCAAGAAGGACAGCUGCAGCUCGAAGAAAGUUUCAGCAGAAUCUUCAGCAAAGAAUGUCUUCACCCCAAAACAAUGUGGGCAGAAAAAGCCAACUUUAACCACAAAAUUGAAACCUACCAUUCAAAGGGAUCCUGGAGGCAAUCCUCUUGUAAGGCAUCGGAAGAAGCAAUUGGGAGUGGCGAAAGAGAGGAAGAAAGUGGGCCAUCCUCCCAAGCAUCCUGUGACUAAACUCAAGGACAGUGUGCAUUCCUCUAAAAAUCAGCAAAACCGGAAGUGUGGUCAAUGUGAAGCCUGUCUGCUGAAAACAGACUGUGGCCAUUGUGAUUUCUGUUGUGACAAGCCCAAAUUUGGAGGGCAGAACCUGAAGCACCAGAAUUGCCGGUGGAGACAGUGUCUGCAGUUUGCAAUGGAAUCUUCUUUGACCAGUGAGUGGACUGAAGUGCCCAAAUCCCUGGGCUUCGAGAUGCCUAAGCAGGAGAAGCUGCAGCCGCCGCCAGUGAAGCUGAAGAAGAAAACCAUAUCCUCUGCUUCCCACCAAACUAUAAAGGAGUGUUCCAAUGUGCCACCAUAUAUCCAGCAAGAGCAAGAUAUACCUCCCCACCCCAUCGUUCCCAUCUCAGUCAUAAGAAAGGAUCCAGAUACCAAACUGCCUGUAGUCAAUCUCCUUAUUGCCACCUCUCCCCAAAACAAGCAAGAAUAUUCAGAACCAGGUGGGAAUUGUCAGGCAUCCAGUGACUCUCUGGUAUCGGCAGGAUUCCCUCAAUUUAAGAAACUAUCAGGAACACAAAGCACAGAAGUGGUAGUUCUUGAUGAUCCAGAAGACAAUGAAAUAGGACUAUUGCAGCAAAUUCAGCCUCCAGUGAUUAUGGAGGUCUACAGCCUGGGUGGUGUGCAGCCCCUCUCUCAGUUGGACAGCGUCUUGCGAGAAUUCUUGGCUGAGCUGAAUGAGAUCCCUCUCCCUGCUCAUUGGGAGGUGCUGCCUCCAUUUGGCAGCCCAGACCUGCGUCUCAUCCAGCGCUCGAAACAUUCCACCAUGUCUGCCGCAGUCAUUCACAUCCGCCCAGGCCUUUUUUUCCACGUGGUAGUGCAAGAUCUGCUGGUGCCUCAGGAACACGAACUUUAUGCCAGUCACCCUGCCCGCCUGACCACGGUGGAUGAGGUGGUGGAACUGAUCUGCGAUCUGGAGGCCUACCGACUUUGUUCGGGUUGGCCUGCAGGGUGGCAUGCUAGAGAACGGUCUGAGAGCUGUGAUGUUCUUGUUCAUUCUGGCUGCUGCCCACCGUGCCGGCUCAACCCCUGGCCAUCAGGAAGCGGCACUCAGGUCUGAGAAUGGGCAGUUAAUUGGAGCUUAAUUUUGACACUGGACAUGGCUUGGAUUUCUGAAAGGAUAAUUCCUUGCCAUAAAUAGCUUUAUUUUUUCUCCUCAUGUUGAAUAGCUUGGCACGAAAUGAUAUAUUCCUCCUUCUUGUCUUCUUUCUGAUUCUCUCCUCUUCCCUGCCUCCCCCCACAGCCCCCCCCCUUCCCCCCGGUAACUUCUGGUGUUCAGAGAGGUUUCUUUUGGCAACUAAACUCCAGUCUUGCUUUUAGUCAUUUACUCAUUUCCUGCUAGAGAAGUACCAGGUGGACACCGUGUAUGACGGCAACUUGGGCUGACCACCAGUUUUGUGCACUUUUAAAACUUUUUAUGUGUUUGGCAAUGUAGUAUUGUAGGUUGAUAGGAUGGGCAUGUGGAGAUGGGCAAUGCAUCCAUUUGGGAUCCUGUUUCCAUUGUUUUUGCUUGCCUAGUCCCAUUCUGUCAUAUCUAACACACUCCCGGAGAAUUUUAGAUCUACAGUCUGAUCUUCACCAGACCCAGGAAGAAUGGGAUUUUACAAUAGAACCUCCUUCUUCAAACAAAUCCCGAUAGUCUGGACAUUUCCCCCCGAUUUGUUUAGAACUUGAAUUGUUGCCUCAGACAUGUUUUCUUUUGCUUUUGUGCUGUGUGGUUUGGAUGGGGGAAUUCUGUUUGAGGAUCUGGAAGACUUAUGCUCUGGGGAGUAGGAAUGGUCCCGUAAAUGGUGCCUGGGAAGAAGUUGGGGAGCUGCCAUUCUAUAUGCUGAGAGAUUCCAGCAUGUUCUGUUCAGGGAAGUUCUACAGAAGCCAUAGCUGUAUGUCACUUGCUAACUUGUUUUGUUUCAUGUCUUCCUUCAGUGUAGUUGGCAGCAGCGUUAGUAGCACCCUCUAUCUGCUCCUCCCCUACGCCUUUUGCAGUCUGUCUGACUUUCAUGAUGUGUGAUAUUUUUCUUUCAGAAGAAAAGAAUGAAACUAUCCUCAAAGAAAUAACGAAUCAGAACUGGCUUCUAUUUUUUUUAACAUAUUAAAAAUUUGAAAGA